GGCGGCUGCUGAACGACGGAGUGGCGUGGACCUCAUGUAAAAAUGACGACAAUGGAAGGGGCCAGCGGGUCGAGUUUUGGAAUAGACACGAUUUUGUCCAGUGCGAGUUCGGGCAGCCCCGGCAUGAUGAAUGGAGAUUUCCGCCCGCUCGGUGAGGCCAGGACUGCGGAUUUUAGGAGUCAGGCCACCCCGUCCCCCUGUUCGGAGAUUGAUACCGUAGGAACGGCGCCUUCUUCUCCUAUCUCGGUCACUAUGGAGCCCCCGGAGUCGCAUCUGGUAGCGGACGGGCCCCAGCAUCACCACCACCUCCACCAUAGCCAACAGCCGCCGCCGCCAGCAGCGGCCCCGACGCAAAGUUUGCAGCCUUCGCCCCAACAGCAGCCGCCGCCGCCGCCGCCCCAGCAGCCGCCGCCGCCCGCCCAGCAGCUGGGCUCUGCCGCCUCGGCCCCCAGGACUUCCACCUCUUCUUUUUUAAUUAAGGACAUCUUGGGCGACAGCAAACCUCUGGCGGCGUGUGCGCCCUACAGCACCAGCGUCUCCUCUCCCCACCACACCCCGAAGCAGGAGAGCAACGCAGGGCACGAGAGCUUCAGGCCAAAGCUCGAGCAGGAGGACAGCAAAACCAAACUCGACAAGCGGGAAGAUUCCCAGAGCGACAUCAAAUGCCACGGAACAAAGGAGGAAGGAGACCGGGAGAUUACAAGUAGCCGAGAGAGUCCCCCUGUGAGAGCGAAGAAGCCUCGCAAAGCCAGGACUGCUUUCUCCGACCAUCAGCUCAAUCAACUCGAGCGUAGUUUUGAGCGGCAGAAGUACCUGAGUGUGCAAGACCGCAUGGACCUGGCUGCUGCGCUCAACCUCACUGACACCCAAGUUAAGACCUGGUACCAGAACCGCAGGACCAAGUGGAAGCGGCAGACUGCGGUGGGCCUGGAGCUGCUGGCUGAGGCGGGAAACUACUCGGCGCUGCAGAGGAUGUUUCCGUCCCCUUAUUUCUAUCACCCCAGCCUGCUAGGCAGCAUGGACAGCACUACAGCGGCAGCGGCUGCUGCUGCCAUGUACAGCAGCAUGUACCGGACUCCCCCAGCACCCCAUCCCCAGCUGCAGCGGCCCCUGGUGCCCAGAGUGCUCAUCCAUGGCCUGGGGCCCGGGGGACAGCCAGCCCUCAAUCCCUUGUCCAGCCCCAUCCCAGGCACCCCACACCCCCGGUGAAGAACGGGCAGAGCAAAGGUGUUGCAAUCCCUCCCCCAUACCCCACUACCCGGACAGCUGCCCCUCCUCUCCCUGCACCAAGCCACCAGGCCUCCCUGGCAGCUGACCCUGGGAGGCAAAGGAGAAGGGGAGGAAGAGAAGAUGCUCACCAGUGGGCGGAGGACCCUCAAAGACGAGCCAGCCCUCUACUCUGCGUCUCCCCACCCCCUGAGAUAGGGCUGGAAAGCUCUCCCACAGCAGUGUGACGGGCGAAAACGCUGAACCCACACAAAGUGCGACCAGUAAGUGAAAACAUCAACAAAAACAAAACCUCAAGUUCUUUUAAGCAAACGACUUUAGGGACAAGGAGGAAGGAGGGAGGGGGGAGGGACAAGGAGGCAAGGAAGAAGGGCACGGAGCGGAAACUGCACAGGCAGAGAGAAUUGUCGAUGGACAGAUAGCCUCAAGUUCCGAGGCAGAGGGCGUUGCCGUGGACAUUCCGACUGCCCCAGAGAAAAGAGGAGGGUGACUGAGAACUUUGCACUGAUUUCUCAUGACCUUUUUUCUUUUGGAAAAGUGGCAUGCUCCAUAAUAUGAAAAAAAAAUGUACAUUUGAAAGACUGAGUGAUAAGUGAUAUAUCAUAUUUAUUAUAUGUUGUCCAAAAGAGAGUCACUUAUAUACGUUAGUAAAAACAUGAUUUUUCUUUUCAUGUCUUUUUGAUUCAGUAAAAUAAAUGCUUAGACAAAAAUAUAGAUUUUUUUGUGAUUGAAAAUUACAAAAAUAAAGUUUAUCUUUUUUUAACAA